CAAAAUAAAUACAUGUAUCAUGAAUAGGCGCAUAAUAGCUGGUUAGCAAGCGUAGGCCUAUGCUGAUGCUUCGGUGAAAUUCCGUGAUCGACCUUUUCGUCGGAGACCGCGCAGAGGUAGAGACGAAGUUUUGUUUAAUCCGAUUGUUUUUGAGUGAGACUUAAAUCAGCAUCAUGGGCAAGGAAAAGACGCAUAUCAGUGUUGUUGUUGUGGGCCACGUGGACUCUGGCAAAUCCACCACGACCGGGCACCUCAUCUACAAAUGUGGCGGCAUCGAUAAACGGCAAAUCGAGAAAUUUGAGAAAGAGGCUUCGGAGAUGGGCAAAGGUUCGUUCAAGUACGCGUGGGUCUUAGACAAAUUGAAAGCCGAACGUGAACGUGGCAUCACCAUCGAUAUCGCUCUGUGGAAGUUUGAGACGAAAAAGUAUUUCAUCACCGUCAUUGACGCCCCCGGUCACAGGGAUUUCAUCAAAAACAUGAUUACAGGCACCUCUCAGGCCGAUUGCGCAAUCUUAAUCGUUGCCUCGGGAACGGGUGAAUUCGAAUCUGGAAUUAGCGCGAAUGGUCAGACUAGAGAGCACGCCCUUCUCUGUUUCACCCUGGGCGUAAAACAAAUGAUCGUCGGUGUCAACAAGAUGGACAGUACCGAGCCACCAUACAGCGAGGCGAGAUUUCACGAGAUUCAGAAAGAGGUGUCAGGCUACCUCAAGAAAGUUGGUUAUAAUCCAAAAUCCGUGGCAUUCGUGCCUAUUUCCGGGUGGCAUGGCGACAAUAUGCUGGAAGAGUCUGCAAAAAUGACCUGGUUCAAAGGCUGGGAAGUUGUUAGGAAAGAUGACACGAAAGCGAAUGGGAAAACGCUGUUUGAAGCCCUCGACUCCAUCAUGCCACCUAAAAGGCCAACAGACAAGCCCUUCAGACUCCCCCUUCAAGACGUCUACAAAAUCGGAGGCAUCGGCACCGUGCCCGUGGGCCGCGUGGAGACUGGAAUACUCAAGGCAGGCAUGUUGGUGACCUUCGCGCCGCCUGCGAUCACUACCGAGGUCAAAUCAGUGGAGAUGCACCACGAAUCCCUUCCUGAGGCGCUUCCUGGCGACAAUGUCGGUUUCAAUGUCAAGAAUGUCUCCGUCAAAGAUAUAAGGAGAGGCAAUGUGGCGGGAGACAGCAAAAAUGACCCUCCAAAGAGUUGUGAGAGCUUCGAAGCUCAGGUUAUCGUUCUGAAUCACCCGGGCCAGAUCAAUGCCGGUUACUCUCCGGUCCUGGACUGUCAUACCGCGCACAUCGCCUGCAAGUUCACGGAACUCAAGGAAAAGAUUGACCGCAGGUCCGGAAAGAAACUGGAAGACAGCCCCAAAUUUGUAAAGUCCGGUGAUGCCACCAUAGCCGUCCUCACACCCACCAAGCCCAUGGUGGUGGAGAACUUUUCGGAGUACCCACCUCUCGGGAGGUUUGCGGUGCGAGACAUGAAGCAGACGGUCGCUGUGGGAGUCAUCAAGGCUGUGAAGAAGAAAGAAGUGACGGGCAAGCUCACCAAGUCCGCGCAGAAGGCCGCGGGAAAGAAGAAGUGAUGGCCGUUAGGUAGCGCUUCUUACGACCGGAUCGCCAUUUUGGAACAUGAUCCCACCGUUUUUGUAAUUAUCUGUGCCGUGAAAUGUUUGUUGAAAUUUAUUUUACUUAGAAAAUAUCAUAGGAAAAAUGUCAGAAGAAAAAAAACAAACAUUAUGUACAUAUUUAAGAUAUGAUUUACCAAAUGUGUUUACACUCUCCCCCGCCCAGUGUUCAUAAUAACCUCAUCUGCAUGUGGGCAAUUUCCGCCUUUCAUUAUUGUCCAAUCAGAAUCACGCAAACCUGCCUGUCGGAGUCAGACAUCCUGUCGGACAUUCUCCAGGAGGGGUCGCAAACCGCACGAUACUGAUUCAAAAAACUGUCCCUUAGCAAAGAAGGGCAUUCCUUUCUGCGAUGUUCAAAGCAAAGAAUUUAAUCCAUACUUUCCAUUGCGAAGACGCUCGAGAUUGUUUUUUAAUUUUUUUGUGUGGCAAAGACAAUGCAAUAAUAAACAUUUGACACAUAA